AUGAGCGUCGACACAACGCCCUCAAAGAAGGCUGCCUCUGCCCUCGAGGGUUUCCACAUGGAGUCGCCCGUCAAGAAGCUGGGUCUGCAGUCCGAGGCCAACAAGGAGAACAUGGACGAGCGAUACGCGUCGGACGAGGUCGCUGUCCCGAUCAAGGGCAUUCCAGACAUCGUCGAGCCAGUUGUUGCAGCGAAGCCUACGGUGGCAGAAGGCAUCAAGGAAGAGGAGGCUGUAGAACCCAUACUACAAGAGAACCCAGGGCGGUUCGUGCUGUUCCCAAUCAAGUACCACGAGAUAUGGCAAAUGUACAAGAAGGCCGAAGCAUCAUUCUGGACUGCUGAGGAGAUUGAUCUGUCCAAAGACCUUCACGACUGGAACAAGCGACUCAAUGACGACGAGCGCUUCUUCAUCUCACACGUCCUCGCCUUUUUCGCAGCUUCCGAUGGCAUUGUCAAUGAGAACCUUGUCGAGCGCUUUAGCUCUGAGGUCCAAAUCCCCGAGGCACGAUGCUUCUACGGUUUCCAGAUCAUGAUGGAGAACAUCCACUCCGAAACAUACUCCCUCCUCAUCGACACAUAUAUCAGCGAGCCAAAGCAGCGGACUUACCUGUUCAAUGCCAUCGACAACAUCCCAUGCAUCCGUAAGAAGGCCGACUGGGCGUUGCGAUGGAUCUCGGACAAGAACUCCACUUUCGCCCUUCGCCUGAUCGCAUUCGCCGCAGUAGAGGGUAUCUUCUUCUCUGGCUCUUUCGCCGCCAUCUUCUGGCUGAAGAAGCGUGGUCUCAUGGCCGGUCUUACAUUCUCGAACGAGCUCAUCUCCCGUGAUGAGGGCAUGCACACGGACUUCGCCUGCCUUUUGUUCUCGCACUUGAAGAACAAGCCAGACCAGGCACUCGUGCAGAGCAUCAUCGUCGAAGCUGUUGCCAUCGAGCAAGAAUUCCUGACAGAUGCACUUCCGUGCAAGCUUCUCGGCAUGAACGCUGGCCUCAUGUCACAAUACAUCGAGUUCGUGGCCGAUCGACUACUGUUGGCACUUGGCAACAAGAAGUUCUACAACGCAACCAACCCAUUCGACUUCAUGGAGAACAUCUCGCUAGGCGGCAAGACCAACUUCUUCGAGAAGCGUGUCGGCGAGUACCAGAAGGCCGGUGUCAUGGAGGGUUACAAGAAGCAAAAAGACAAGAAGGACUCGACUGGCGCACCAGUGGAAGCGCCUGUAAUGAACGGCGAUUUUGCUUUUGACGAAGAUUUUUAG